AUGAUGCGAUCAAAUCAGGAGGUUUCCGAGUUCCGAGAAGUGGAGGCAGAUCAGAUCGUAAUAUUUGGCGUUCACGAAACGCUGAAUUCUUUGACGGAUGCAGCAAUGCGAGCAGCAAGUUCUCAAGUGCAUGCGAAAGCAGUGACGAGACAUGAUCGAUACUUGGCGAUCGCAACCAGUGGUGGUUUGAAUCAACAACGAACUGGAAUUGUAGAUGCAGUUGUUGCGGCAAGGAUUUUAAAUGCUACUCUUGUUGUUCCGAAGUUAGACCAAAAGUCUUAUUGGAAGGAUGCCAGUGACUUCUCGCAUAUUUUCGAUGUUGAUUGGUUUAUGUCAUUUUUAUCGGAAGACGUUAGAAUUAUAAAGCAACUUCCACAGAAAGGAGGGCGAACAUGGAGUCCAAGUAGAAUGCGUGUACCAAGGAAAUGUAACGAGAGAUGCUAUAUUAAUCGGGUUUUACCUGUUCUUCACAAAAGGCAUGCAGUUCAACUGAACAAAUUUGACUAUAGACUUUCAAACAAGUUGAGUGACGACUUGCAAAAGCUAAGAUGUAGAGUAAAUUAUCAUGCUCUAAAGUUCACUGAUCCUAUACUUACAAUGGGUAAUGAAUUGGUCCGGCGCAUGCGAUUGAGGAGCAAACACUUCAUUGCUUUGCAUCUAAGGUUUGAACCUGAUAUGCUUGCAUUCUCGGGAUGUUAUUAUGGUGGUGGUGAUAAGGAAAGGAGAGAACUUGCAGCAAUUAGAAGGAGAUGGAAAACGUUACAUAUUAAUAACCCAGAGAAACAAAGGCGACAAGGAAGAUGUCCUCUCACUCCAGAAGAAGUCGGACUGAUGCUUAGAGCUUUGGGAUAUGGUAGUGAUGUUCAUAUAUAUGUCGCGUCUGGUGAAGUAUAUGGAGGAGAAGAAUCCUUGGCUCCUCUGAAAGCACUCUUUCCACACUUCUAUUCAAAAGACACUAUAGCUACAAAGGAAGAGUUAGAACCUUUUUCUUCCUACUCUUCUAGAAUGGCUGCACUUGACUUCCUUGUUUGUGACGAAAGCGACGUAUUUGUAACCAACAACAAUGGCAAUAUGGCAAAAAUAUUGGCUGGGAGGAGGAGAUACUUUGGGCAUAAACCCACGGUUAGACCGAAUGCAAAAAAGCUUUACAGGCUAUUUCAAAACAAAGAGAACACUACUUGGGAGGAAUUCACUUCCAGAGUCCUUUCGUUUCAGAGAGGGUUCAUGGGGGAGCCAAAAGAAGUAAGAGCUGGUAGAGGUGAAUUCCACGAGAACCCAUCCACGUGCAUAUGCGAAGAUACAGAGGCCAGGGCAAAGGCGCAAGUAGAAUCUAGAAAACUCGGAAAGAAAAACAAAUCCAUAAAUAAAGACACAGCAGUAACAGUAUCCAAUGAUGAUCAAACCGAAGAGGAUGAACCAGAUUGGUCGGAGCCAGACUAUGAGGAAGAACAGAGUGAUCUUCAAGAUAGAGGAUUAUACAACGGAACGAGUCUAGAUUACGAUGAUCCAUCUACCUCCGAUGAGCCUGAGCUUGAAGAAAUGCUAUCAGACUAG